CAGAGAGAGACAGUCAGACAGACAGAGAGAGAGAGCCAGGCGAGGACUUUAUGAAUGUGAGUCCGGGUAUCCCACCUGGAAAAACCUUUCUUAUGUAACUAUUUCCGAAGCAGUUAUUGGACCCUGAGCUGCACACACACACACACACACAGCCCUAUCGCUGUGGUUCAGGGCACUCACCCCAUGUGACUGCGGGCAGUGAGGAUUUGCUGUGGUGUGUGUCUGGGACGGCAGCUGCUCUCAGGGAGGCUUCAUGUUCAAGAGCAACUGAACAGGUUCAGACUGUGUGAAGCGGUCACACUGCACAGAUCUCCCGUCUCAGAGGCUGGAAGGAGGUUGGAAGGCUGAUUGCUGACUGGACUCAAACCAUGAACUACGUUGGUCAAUUGGCUGGACAAGUGUUUGUCACAGUGAAGGAUCUCUACAAGGGAUUAAAUCCAGCUACGUUAUCAGGCUGCAUUGAUAUUAUUGUUGUGAGGCAGCCAGAUGGGAGUCUCCAGUGUUCACCAUUCCAUGUUCGCUUUGGAAAACUGGGAGUUUUACGCUCUAAGGAAAAAGUGGUGGAUAUAGAAAUCAAUGGAGAACCGGUUCAGUUGCACAUGAAACUUGGAGACAAUGGAGAGGCAUUUUUUGUUGAAGAGAUGGCCAGUAAUAAGGAAAUUGUUCCUUUCCAUCUGAACACUUCGCCCAUCAUGUCAGAGGGAGCUGUGUUAAUGGAAACAGCAAUGAGGAGAAGCUCAUUGGACAAGCAGAAAAACCUAGAAUCCUCACAAAUACCAACAAACAGUCACAAUUCACAGCCCUCCCCAGAGAGCUUAAUCGGCAGCAAUUCUGUGAAAAAGAGGAGAAAAAGGAGACGCAAGUCAAAAGUGGACAGUAUAAAAAGAGAUGACAACGAUGAUACUUCAGAGAAUGAGGAUAUGUUUUCCAUUGAAAUCAGCUCUGAAGAAGAGAUCGAGUCAACUGAGAAUUCCAGGGUCUCAAUAAAUCCGUACAGCGAUGAAUCGUCUCAAGCUGGAGCCUCACUUAGUUUCACACAAACUUCAAUGUAUGCUUAUUCAGAUGGAGAGCGCUUUUCUAGGCGGAGUCAGCUCGUAGAGGGCAACUGGCUGUCUACACAUCUUAUUGGUCCUGCUGCUGAAGGCUUGUCUAGCUCUUGUCCACAACAACCCUCUCUGUAUCCAUCAAUGUUCAGUCUUACGGGUUCCCGCCCUCCAACACCUAACAGUGACUCGGAAUUGGUCAGCAAGCCAUCGGACAGAGGAAUGCAAUUAAACUCACAGAUGCACUGGGCCUGGGGAGAACUCCCUCAUACUGGCAAGCCUAUUACUCAUCAGAAAGUGGAAGAACCUCCAAGAGUGAACAUCAUCCCAUCAGGGAAUACCCAUUUCAGGGUCAUCGACAGCGCCCCCAUUGUAAGCAGUUCCUCAGCCCCCCUGAUGCUGGUAAAACCAGAGCCUUUAGCAGCAGGAGAGACUCUGCCUACAGAUAGUUUUACACACGGUGCAGAAGAACCUUUUGAAGCCUUGGCAACAGGGUGCCAGAUGAUGCCAGAAAAUGGGGAACAAAGCCAUCCUGGUGAUCACAUCAAGCCAAUUGGUAAAACCGAUUCCCCAUCCAAAAAGAAAGAUAAACGCAGCCAUCAUCUGGGUGCUGAUGGGGUUUACUUGGAUGACAUUACUGAGCUGGAUCCGGAGGUUGCUGCACUUUACUUUCCAAAAUGUGAGAACAACCCAGCGAACAGGUCAGAAAACGGAACCCGCUCAGAAAGUCAGUCUCCGCAGUCCGUCGGCAGCUCUGGAAUGGACAGUGGAGUUGACAGCUUCUCAGACACCAUUGGGGAUUUGCCAACCAUUGCCAUUUCCCUCUGCGGAGGUCUUAAUGACAACAAGGAAAUAACAAAAGAACAAUUUGUGGAGCGCAGUGUUACAUACCAACAAUUUUCAGAGAAUCCAGGAAUUCUUGAAGAUCCCAAUCUGGUUGUGAAGAUUGGAACCAAGUACUAUAACUGGUCUACAGCUGCCCCUAUGCUUCUGGCUGCGCAGGCUUUCCAAAAACCAUUGCCAAAGGCGACAGUGGAAAAUCUAUUGAAGGAAAAGAUGCCCAAGAAAGGCGGCAGGUGGUGGUUUUCAUGGCGGGGACGAAACAGCAGCGUGAAAGUGGAAGAAUCUAAAUCUGAAUGGCUUGUGUUGGAUUGUACCUUACAGGAACCAAAACAUGACCAGAUACGAAGUGGACAUGUGUCAGAUGAUCUGUCUGCUCCUCCUGGCGACAGGUUGAAAGAUGAAUCAUCAUCCAGUGAUGAUGAGCUGAGGUCAGCCAAACAGCACUGCAGCUCCAGCCAGCAAGAUCUCACCUUGCUGUCACCUGCCUCCUACAUCUCCUACAAAAAAACACUGAGACUAACCUCUGAAGAACUGAAAAGCCUUCAGCUGAAAGAUGGCCCAAACGAUGUGGUGUUUAGUGUUACAACCCAGUACCAGGGUACAUGUCGCUGUGAAGGUACCAUCUAUCUCUGGAACUGGAAUGACAGAAUCGUUAUUUCUGAUAUUGAUGGUACAAUUACAAGAUCCGAUGCCCUGGGUCACAUUUUGCCCACGCUUGGCAAGGACUGGACACAUCAGGGAAUCGCAAAGCUGUACCACAAAGUCAGCCAAAAUGGCUAUAAAUUCCUGUAUUGCUCAGCACGUGCCAUUGGGAUGGCUGACAUGACCAGGGGAUAUCUGCAUUGGGUGAAUGAAAAGGGAACAGUGUUACCCAAAGGCCCUUUAUUAUUAUGUCCCAGUAGUGUAUUCUCAGCAUUACACAGAGAAGUAAUUGAAAAGAAGCCUGAGAAAUUUAAGAUCCAGUGUCUGACAGACAUCAGAAAUCUCUUUUUCCCAAAUAAGGAACCCUUUUAUGGCGCUUUUGGAAACCGACCUAAUGAUGUCUAUUCGUAUAAACAAGUGGGAGUCCCAAUAAAUAGGAUUUUUACAGUCAAUCCAAAGGGCGAACUGAUACAGGAACAUGCAAAGACCAACGUAUCAUCUUACGUACGAUUGAGUGAAAUAGUGGAUCAUGUGUUCCCUCUGCUGAAGCGAGAACACUCCUCCGACUUCCCUUGCUCAGAUACCUACAGUCAGUUCACGUUCUGGAGAGAGCAGCUACCAAUGGUAGAGAACCAGGAUAUUCAAGCUUCGCAGAAUUAAUCACAACUUUGAAUGCAGAUUUCCAUUCACCUAUUUGGAAGGCUGCAGGUCAUUAUUUGAAGCGAAGAGAUAAAUCAGCUGGGCCUGCCUUCCUCCCAAAGCAAAGCUGCUAUCAUUACCAUUGAAUAUUUUAUUCCAUCAACAGUUUUUAUUUAAGGACGAUGCUCCAAUGAAACCAUUUGACCCAGUUCUGCUCAUAAUUUCUGUGAAGAAAUAGCUUUUACGAUGACUGACAUUUAGUUCAUCCUCUGUUCCAAACCGUCACUGAAGCCACUUCGAGAUGGUUCUCGAGCACUCAUGGUUUUGAGUUUGUGUUUCUUAACAAAUAUAUUAUUGUAAUUAUUUGUACAGUUGAGGUUUUGAUUAUCAGCAUAUGAUUAAGCCAAAAUUCUAAGUUUACUUCAUAUAAUGUAUCAGUAAAGAUUGCUGAUUUAAAGACUUGAAUAAUGUUGAAUAUUAUAAUAUUUGCCUCCAGCAGAUGACUUUUUAUCUUUUAUACUUUUCUUCCCUUCUUUCCAGAAGGAGGUCGCCCAAGUAGAACUGUGUUUCAUAGCUCACAUCCCUCCAGUAGUUCCACCAAAUGCCCAUUUGUUAUGUGUGUGUCCAGGCAGCAUUGAUAGGCUAUUUUACUUUGGGAGACACUGUCCUCUUGUGCAUGUUUCAUAGAGAGGGAGAGGGGAACGAGAGGGUAUCAAUGGAUAAUGAUAAGGAGCAGGAACCUUAACUGAUGUUUGGCUUUAACUAACUUUAACUGAGGUCAAUUGUAACACUUGUGGGGUCUUGUAUCGGUUAGAGCACUUGCCUGCAAGCGAGAGGACCUGGGUUCGAUUCCU